UCCCUCCCUGCAUCCCUCUCUCCAUCCCGCCUCCUCCUCCUCUCCCUGCCUGCGCAGCGCCGCGGACAUGGCGCUCAACAAUUUCCUCUUCGCUCAGUGCAUCUGCUACUUCCUCGCCUUCCUCUUCAGCUUCAUCGUGGUGGUGCCGCUCUCCGAGAAUGGCAACGACUUCCACGGGCGCUGCCUGCUCUUCACCGAGGGCAUGUGGCUCAACGCCAACCUCACCGUGGAGCGGCAGCGCUUCACCGUGCAGGAGUGGGGGCCCGAGGCCGCCUGCCGCUUCAGCAUCUUCACCGGCCUCCUCUCCCUGCUGCUGGCCACAGUGCAGGCCUGGCGGACCCUCUUCUUCCUCUGCAAAGGGCAUGAGGACUCUUUCUUUUAUGCCUUCCUGAAUCUGCUGAUCAGCGCCUUUGUGGUGUUUAUCACAUUUAUUGCUAGCACUAUAGUGAGCGUAGGAUUUAACAUGUGGUGUGAUGCAAUUACCGAAAAAGGGAGCAUGCCAAAUAGCUGUGAAGAACUGCAGGAUAUAGAUCUUGAACUGAACUUAGAAAAUUCUGCUUUCUAUGAUCAAUUUGCUAUUGCACAGUUCGGCCUCUGGGCUGCCUGGCUGACUUGGCUGGGAAUUACCAUUCUGGCUUUCCUGAAGGUCUAUCACAACUACAGACAGGAGGACCUGCUAGAUAGCCUGAUCCAUGAGAAGGAGCUGUUGCUAGGAAGAUCCUCCUCACGGACCUCUUUGCAAGAUGAGAAAAGUGGCAUGAUAUAAGGUGUAAGCAAAUUUGCAGGGCAGGAUCUAGGUUUUCUAAUUCAGUAGCGCAAGCUAAAGUUGAGUCAGAGAAUUGAGUGUGAUGUUUUCCUUCCUGAAACCACCCAGUUCCUUAAUGAUAAAUUCCUGGCAGAUAUACUUUUGUUAGGACACAGAUCAUGAACAUUUAAAGAACUCAUGUGCCAUUAAUGCCACAAACCACAAACUCUGUCCUGCACGUGCAGGGAGCAGCACUAGCUGUAGUUCGCUGUUGCAAGCARAGUUCCCACAUGCUGCUGCUCACCUUUGAGGGAAGUGACUGCUUCCGAGGACUGUGCUAGCAAAAACAAGCUACAGAAACUAGACUAUUUCUUCAAACUGCAACAAGAGUUUUAACCGGGGUUGUGCCCAGUCUCUUUUCUCCCCCUCUCCCUCCUUUUGCUAGCAAUGCUGCCCCUAUCCUCAGGUUAUUCUAGGUAACCACUGUUCCAAUCCAGGCACAGAUAGGACCUUUCCUGUCUCUGCUUUUGUUGUGUGUGCACACAGUGCUGACAACCUGUUGCUCCUGGUCCAAUUUUGAGUUAGUCUAAAACAGAUGAACUUCUUUUCUUAACUCUAUUCUUAAUAUUAGGCAAUUGUAGGGAAUUUCAUGGAACCACUAUAUUAGUAAGAUAUCUGUAAAAAAAAGUGUAUCAUUUGGAGGGAUGGUGGAGAAUAUUUGUGUUCUUGUUUCUUCUCAGAUUUUUGCAUGACCAACAUUUGUUAUGGCUUCCUAAAAUGUAGUGUAGCUAGCAAUUGCAGAAACCUGCAUAGUAAGAGACUAAGCUGAAUAGAUAAUAUUAAUGUUUGCAAACUCAUAUAUGUAAC